CAAUUACAGCCAGCAAGUGGUUGGUAACGGUCGUGCAAGCUCCUGUUGCAAAACACCGACUACUAUAUACAGCAACCGCCGUGUGCGUGAACUACCAACAAUACCCGUCGGCAUUACAACAGUUGCGCAUCGAGAGUUGCUCGAGGCGGAAGUUGAACCUACCAGCACAGUUAGUCAGUGAUCGUCGGCCGUACCGGAAAGGUGACAGAAGUGUUGUGCAACUAGUGUGUGUGAAAAUAAAAAACAAAAAAAAAGUAAAGCAUCCAAGUGAAGAUAAAAAUUGCAUAGUGUGAAUUUGUGCUUGAAAAAAAAAAGGUUCGCCAAAAUGCGGUGUACUUUUAUACAUGGAAAGUGCAACAACGAUACACGGUCCAAGGUUAACCGCAGCAGUGUGAUUGUGUUAAGCUCCGCGAUAGAAUAACGGUGCACUUCAGUGCAUCAUCUCCCGGUGUGCGUGUGUAUUAGUAGAAAGUGUAUCGACUCCCUCCACUUGAGAGACACAGUGGCAUUAGACAGGCGUCGAUCGCGCUGAUAAGUGGCCGUUGUGUUGCAUUGAAGCAGUCUGCGUGUGUGUGCAUUAUCACUAGAGCGUUUUGUAGUGAAAAACAAAUAAAAUAUAAUAAGUGAAGGGGGAACAAAAACCACUUGCCGUCGCCAUUUGCAAACGGUACAAAAAAGGGUUGCUAAAAUCGUAUCCAGGGCAGCGCACCAGCAACAACAACAUCUGCGCUUGCUUUGUUGUCUAGCUGACAGAUUUAUGAUUAAGCCUACUACCGCUGUUAUGUGGUUUAUUGAACAAUAAACGCAGUAAGUGUGUGUGAUUGACGUUCUAAAACUCUCACUCCGCCCAGUUCCUGCCCAGUUCCGUCACCUCGACCACAGUUUCUGCACAUCACGUUUUUCGAGUCGCGCUGCAUCGUGAGUGAUCCGAUUCCCAUUCACAAACGUGUGUGAGUGUGUGGUCCUAUAGGGCUCCAUCCCCCCUCCCCUUCAUAGAAGCCUCAUCAAACCAGAGACAGAGCGCGUACAUUGACUGACCUACCGGCGGUGUGGCGUACAAGGUGCUGUUCUAACGUCAUCACCGAUUAGCCCCGGACACAAACACGCCAAACAAGCUGUGCACAGUUCUUUGCACAACCCGCACACAUACCAACGGGACAGCGACAAUAGAUUGGACGAGAGCGGAAACUAAUGAAGCAAGCGAUACCAAUGGAUACAAGAGCUCGGUUCGAUAAAUCAGAUCCUCGCUCCCAAACCUCUAGUCGUCAAACGCAAACAGAUUAUCCUUCAAAGGACACUUAAAAACCAAAAGUCUAGACGCACUAGUUCGAAGCAACUAUCCUACUUAGUUUCUAUAGUUGUAUCGGUCCCCAUUAAUUGAGCACUCCGACCAAGUCAACGGUUCUCGAAUUAACAAGAAUUCCCUACUGUCCUUUCCCGCCACUAAACUCCGUCAAUCCCGGAAUCCCGGAACAUUUCCGCCAGUCCGGCACGAGGAAACUCUUUGGAGGCAAAUCGGUGUCGGGAGCGAGCCUAGGUUGAAGCAUGGAAUGGCUGCUGGCGAAUCCGCAGAUCAACAGCACCUUCGGUUCGCUGGGGACGUUCGAGGACGAUGUGUACCACGUCAGCGAGGACUGUCUGGUAACGCUGGAGGAGAUCAUCUGUAAGCUGGCAGUGGAGGAUGCGACCCUGCGAACAUUUCGCCGGGCGAUCGGGUUCGGUCAGAACGUCAAGAACGACAUCGUCCCACUGCUGGUGAACGCGAAGGAUGUGAAGAUAAUCGACACGACGAUUCGGUUGCUGGUGAACCUAACCGUGCCGGUAGAAUGUUUGCUACCGGUCGACCUCGUGUCCAAGUCGGAGAUCGGUCGGCAUACGAUCUUCGAGCUGAACAAGCUGCUCAUCACGAGCAAGGAAGCGUUCGUCGACUGGAAGACCACCAAGGCGGUGAUCGACCACAUGAAGGGUAUCCUGGAGCGGGACACGAAGCUUUCCAUCCAGCAGUGUGACAGCGUCAACAACUGCCUUCUGCUGCUCCGCAACAUCCUGCACGUGCCGGAGAUGGGUACGGGCGUUGGUUCGCACCACGGGGGUAGCUUCCCGACGGCGGGCCACAACACCUCCUUCCAGAACCAGAUCAUCUGGAACCUGUUUACACAGAGCAUCGACAAGCUGCUCAUCUACCUGAUGUCCUGUCCGCAGCGGGCGUACUGGGGUGUCACGAUGGCGCAGCUGGUGGCGCUCAUGUACAAGGAUCAGCACAUCAGCACCCUGCAGAAGCUGCUGAACCUGUGGUUCGAGUCGACGCUGUCGGAGAGCUCGGAAGACAACGAGAGUAACACGUCGCCGCCGAAGCAGUGCAGCGGAGACUCCAGUCCCAUGCUCACGUCCGACCCGACGUCCGACUCGUCCGACAAUGGCAGUGGCAAAAUGCCAUCGUCCAUGAGCAAGGAAUGUUCGUCCGAGGCGCCGCAGGUCAACGCGCGCAUGGUUGCCGACUUCCCGACCCAGAUCAUACUCUCGCGGGCGAUCAAAUCCCACCAGAUGUACCACCAAACGCUGAAGGCGAACGCGACCGACGGGUGUAUCCUGGGCGGGGCGACCUGCGGAAGCUGCUGCAAUGGUGGUGGUGGUGGUGGUUGUGGUGGCGCGGGCGGCAAAUCCUCCUGCAACGGGUCUGGCGCGCAUCAUCAUCAGCAGCAGCAGCAGCAACAGCAGCAGAACCUGUGCGACCACCAGAAGACCACCGCAUGUACUUCCGAUGUGCAGGAAGUUAGCCGAAACUUUACCAAAAAGUCUAAAGGUGGACCGUGCUCCAAGAGUCUCGAUUCGUCCUCGAGUAGCGGCAGCAGCUCGUCGGGCAUUUUCUGCAAACAGUCUACCGUCACCUCGGUAAAAGAGCAAGCAAUGAAAGAGUGCAAUAAAUCGCUCAAUGGACAGCAAUCGUGUCAGCAGCAGCAGCAGCAGCAGCAACAACAGCAACAGCAGCAGCAGCAGCAGCAGCAGCUACAGUCACCUCCAAAGUCACCAACAUCGCAGUCCCAGCAACAACAGCAAUCACAGCAAACACAAAAACAGAUACAAGUCUCGCUGUCGGAGAACUCCGACUGUGGCUACGGUACGCAGGUGGAGAAGGAGUCCAUCUCCACCUCGAGCAACGAGGACGACAGUCCGCAUCAGAAACCGAUCCAUCAGAAACCACCCUCCAACCAGAAGCAGCGCUUCAAUGCGGCCAACAAGCAGCGCAAUCCGGUGUCCGUGCAGGAGAAGAAAGAAUUGCGCCGCAAAAAGCUGGUAAAGCGGGGCAAGAGCAACAUCAUCAACAUGAAGGGUCUCAUGCAUCACGUCCCAACCGACGACGAUAUAUCGCACAUCCUGAAAGAGUUUACGGUCGACUUUCUGCUGAAAGGUUACGGCUAUCUGGUGCACGAACUGCACACGCAAUUACUGUCGGAUCUGCAAGUGCAAAUCGACACAUCGCACUUUUUCUGGCUGGUAACGUACUUCCUGAAGUUUGCCACCCAGCUUGAGCUGGACCUGGAGCACAUCAACAGUGUCCUGUCGUUCGACAUCAUAAGCUACCUUACGUACGAGGGCGUGAUGCUAUGCGAGCAGUUGGAACAGCUUAGCAGAGCUACCGAAACAGACAUAAAGCCCUGUUUGCGAAGGAUUCAUCUGGUUGUAACAGCGAUAAGAGAGUUUCUGCAAGCUCUUGAUACGUACAAGAAGAGUACCCACCUGACAAAGGAGGACAAAGAGAAGCUUAAGCUGCUCCAGCUGCAGAUAAGCUGUACGGAGGAUUUGCGGUGUCUGUUUGUGCUGCUGCUCCGAUGCUACAAUCCCAACAUUCAAAGCCGCCAGUAUCUGCAGGACUUAAUCGUGACGAACCACACGCUCCUGCUGCUGCUCGACGGCGUCCGGGAACUGACCGCCGACGGCAUCCCGGGUGACAUGCUGGGCCACAUCAAACAGUUUGCGACGGUGGAGAUAAUGCACCAGUACGGUUUACUGCUGGAAGAUUUCCGUGAGAAUGGGGCGUUUGUGAACGAUUGCAUCUUCACGAUGAUGCACCACGUGGGUGGGGAUUUGGGACAGAUCAAUGUGUUGUUUCAGCCGAGCAUACUGAAAACGUACUCCCAGAUCUGGGAGACGGAGUAUGAGCUGUGCGAUGAUUGGUCCGAUUUGAUCGAGUACGUCAUCCACAAGUUCAUCAACACACCGCAACCGGCCCCGCUGACCCUGUCCACAACGCUACCGGAUAUUGGCACGCAGCUGCUAUCGAGCAAUCUGCUCGUUACCUGGACCCAGGAGGAGAAGGACUCCCUGCACUGGUACUACGUGCAGUGUCGUCAGAGCAAAUGCGUCGUGGCGGAUAUUCUGAAGCUAUUCCAGGAGAACGGAAAUCAGCAAAAGACGCGCCUCUCCAUCAUUGAGCAACUUCUGGAGCAGAACAUCAUCACGCUCAUCCAGUACGACGAUCUGAUGAAGGUGGAAAAUCCGGACUACGAGCGCAAUGUCCAGACGCCGGCCCUAUCGGUCGCUUCGGCUGACUCGCCGAAACCGGAGGACGGUGACUCGAAGUCAUCGUCCAAGGCGGUCGACGACAUACAGGUGUUGCGCGAUCGGCUUCAGAAGGAAAAUCGCGGAAAGCUGAUCGCUUGGUUGCAGAAGAGUUUGCUGGACUGUUGUUUCGUGAAGCUGAACCUGCUGAGUGGCAACAUCUACGUGACGACGGGCACCGGUGGCAAUAUGGGUGUGGUCGUCAUGGAGCCCGUGUCCUACCAUUGCAUCUUGAAAAAGAAAUCCAUCCCGGUUGUGCCCUGGAACCAGGACCAGUUUGCGAUACUGUCCUACCAACCGUUCAUCCUGCUGCUGCACAAGCUCGGCUUCCAUCUGCCAGCCGACGCGAAGAAGAUGUUUGUGCGCAUUCCAGAAUUCUGGACCGCGGACAUACUCUAUAACAUUGCGCUCAAGCUUGGCCCGCUGGAUAAAUCGAUUCUCAAGUUCGAUCUCAAGUACCUCAACAAGGUGCUUUCGAUGGAGAAACAAGCUAAGGCCGACCCUUGCCCGCCGAACGAUGCUCGGUUAGAGAACUUUGGAUUAUCAAGAUUCAGCCCUCAAAUCACAACUAACUGGCUUGAUGUAGUGAUGCGCAAUAAGGCAGUGCAGAGCAAGCGCAAGCUGGAUUUGCCCGGCCCGUCAAAGGUUAUCGAUACGGCCAACGCUACCCAUCCGAGUGCGACGCUCAAGACGGGCGGAAAACCGGCCGCCCAGUCGAAAAUGCUGCACGACCUUUCGAUCAUCGUCGAAUCGAACGAUGACGAUGAUGACGAACUGCCGGCCGAUGAGGACGAUGGGUUGGACAGCUCGGAGGUGCCGGUGCUGGAGGAGCAUGAUGUCGUCAGUGCUUGUGAGACCGCUUCUGUCGCCUCGGACCUGACACGCAUGUACGUGAGCGACGAAGACGACAAGCACGACAUUGUGCCACCGAUUUUGUAAGAAAAAUUCUCAAAAAAAAAAACUGACUGUGCAAAAGUCACAGUCGACGAAAGAGAGUAGUUACCUUUAGCACCUAGUACACACACCUUUACACAAACCCACACACGUACCAUUUCCCGCCUUGUUGCUGUUACUGUCGGAUGUUUGUGGGCACGUUAAAUGUGCCCAAAAGAUUAACUUUCCCAACAUCCAACGCACACACACACACACACACACGACACCCCACAUGGCAUGUUAUCAAUUGAAUCUGUUGCUUUCUAGGAGCCAGCUGUUAACUCGCGUUUGCUCCUAGCGGAGCAAAAUGAACCCACUUCCAGGAAUGUCAAACCAAAGCCUUAUGCAAAAAACAGAAAUCCGACAGCUAAUUAAUCCAUACCACUUAGAUCGCCUGCAAAUAGAGCUUCAAUGUUUCUGUGUUUGUUCAAAGUUAGUAAGAUAAUGUGCGAUGCACCUACCUACCAAGAGCUCCACCGGAAGCCAUUAAGAACGUUGGAUCAUUCGAUCCAGAUCAGUGUACUACUGUGUGGAAAUUAAAUUAGAUGUAAAAAAGACACCCUAAAAAUACACAGCACAGAAUCACAGAAAAGAUGUACUAUCUUCAUGUUGAACACACAUACAUAUGAUGUUGCUCUCGAUUGGCUGUAAAAUUCAACGGGAAAACAAAACACAUUGGACAUUCGCACCCGAUUGGAUGAGAGAGAGAGAGAGAAAGAAAAUCGUCAAACGAUUAACCGAAAACCAGAGAAUGCUGUUAAAGAUUACGUACGAGCGGAGAGCUUGCAGGGUUAAAAUACCACCAGAGGUUUAUAAGAAAGGUUACCAUUAUGUCUACACAUAAGGGUAUAGAGCGUUAUUCUAUUACUGCAUUGACGUUUUAUGUCAUGUUUUCCUUCGAUUUUGUCGGAGCUUGUUUGUUUGUUUCUGUUCGAUGACUCGAGUUUCAACCUGCCCGCGAAAAGGUACGGGACGGAUCACCCGUCCGUGACGGAUUAUAGAAAGACUGCAUCAAAAGAACCUGGAACCAAUCAAAGUGCUAUUUGACAAAAUAUAUUUGCAACGGUACAAACAAAAAGAAACAGAUCGAAGGUACAUCGAAACGCGCGUGAAGGACACUAUUUGUGGAAAAAUAGUUUUCUGGAUAGCGUACCGUAGUGAUUAGGGAAACCUGGCUAAGAAAAAAGGUGACGGCCCGGUGUCGAGUGAGAGAGGAAUGCUGCGAAUUGGAACGAGGCAUCUGCAACGGAAACGCUUUUGAGACAGAGAGGAGGCAGUAUCAGUGAAACAGAAAAUAAUCAAACAAGCAAAACAAAGCAAACGGCAAAGAAAACAAGCGAGGAAAUACUAAUUUGUAACAAGAGCUUUUACUUCUACUACUACUACUACUACUACUAGUGCACGUUUUUGCACCGGGACAGCGCCUCUAGCUGUGUACCCGUGUGCAUUAAAUAUAGUUUAUGUAAAACAGGUUUAAAAAUGAAAAGGAAAAUAAAUGUAGCUAUUUGUGGA